AUGUUGCCCUCGGACGAAAUGUAUGCCCCUUUUGAGGGGAAAAGUACAUGCCUAGGAAGAAGCAAUGGGCAGGAUUGUAACGAAAUAUUAGCAGAAAAUGUGAAAGCAGCACUGAUACCACGCGGAAUUAGUGAUCAAAACUUCGCCGAAAAAAUCGUACAGAACUGGUAUUAUGCAUGUAAAAAGGGGAAGGAUAGCGACCCAGCCGACAGUACACUUUGUUAUUUUUUAUAUUUUUGGAUAGGUAAAAAAAUAAAAGAACAGAAGCCUGAUUAUGAAGAUUUUAGGAAUGCCAUGAAGGCAGCUUACCACCAUCUGAACAGUUCACAAUGUGAUAAUAGGUGCACCAAUAUAUACUCUGAUAUGAGUGAAGUCUUUUUCGACUGGGCUAAAGACCUAUUCGACUAUUAUUAUAACAGUAAAAUACUAACGACACAAUCAGCAAAUUAUACAUAUUCCGACAGAACGAAAUGUGACGAAUGUCAGAAGAAAGCUCAAACAGCAUAUGAGAAAUUAGAAAGUAUGUGUGAUGAUAAUAGUACAUACUGUAAAGAAUUUAAAAGGAAAAAGCAGAGCAAAGAAUAUCCAGAACCGAAGAAAUUAGAUUGUCCUGGAGCACCUGAAACGGAGCCCGAAAACGAGGAAGACGAGGAAGAAGAUGAGGAUGUUUCAUGCCCCCUAAAACUAACGGACGACUCCCACCACGACGCUAUUCCGCCGGAAGGAGGAGUGUUAACGAACGAUCAUUUGGAUAAACUGCCUUCAAAAUUGUUAUAUCAGAAAUUCGAAGACCGUGCUGGUAACAAUGAUUGUGAUGACCAGAACAUGAACAACGUGAAGACGCAGUUAGAAGGAGCACUGAAGAAGCACGAUUUUAACGACAUUGAUGAGGAGCAGAUUAUAUAUGCCUGGUGUUAUGUGACUAAGGCAAUGAAGAGGUGUGAUGCCCUCCAUGAGGAACGUUUAAAAUUUUUUUACCUAUGGUUAGGACAUACACUUUUCGAAAAGAAGGACCAAAUUAAUUUAUUUUCUGACCUUAUGGAUGAAAUUAAAGAAGAACUGGAUAAAGUAGAGGGGGGGGGUGAUAAGUGUGGAUUGCUAUGCAAAAAUGUUAACGACAAAACCGCUUUCGACAGGAGGAAACUAGCAUAUGAAUAUUAUACAAACUAUAAACGUAUGGAAGAACAGUUAGCCCAAUAUAGUAAGAAAUGUGAUAACAACUAUCACACCUAUCUCAAUGAUACUUAUCAAGCUUGGGAGAAGGAACGUACAGAGUGUAGCGGGAUUACUACGUCUGGUUCAUAUUGUGCCCAAUUCAAUACAGACUGUACAAAGCAGGAAGAUAAGAACUUAACACAGUUGACUUGUAUUCAGGAGCAUAGAAUAGGCGCUAGAGAAACGGAGGAACACGAGGAAGGUUCUUCUAUGGGAGGAGGACCUGUAACCGUCACCCCAAUCAUAUCUUCCGUGCUUGGAAUAGGUGGAGGAUUAGCUUCCAUUGCUCUUCUUUUGUAUAAGGUAAAUAAUUACAAUUAUCACCGAAACCACCACCAUUCUACCACUAUUACCACCACUAACACACUUAAAAAUAUAUAA